GUCGUGUGUGAUAAAUCCAUGAAGAAUUGUGCUAGUGUGACGGGGAUGAAAACUGAUUACAGAGCUACCACGUAGUUGCAGAACACCUGUCUCAUAUUAUCACCGCCGGCAUCUGGCGAUCAACAAGCUGACCGGAGUGCCCAGGAAGAAACCCUCCAGGGUCCUCCGCGUCCGCGCACCCGUCUUCCGUCGAUGUUCUCCAAAGAAGAAACCUCCGAAAAACUUUUUCUUUCUUAUCUUCAAUAGCACCAAUCACAACGGCAGCCACGGCACCAGCCCCGACGACUUACUAACAGGCGGAUAAUAAUCCACAGAUCAAGUGAAAAGAUCCACAGAAAAUUCAAAAAACUGAAAAUUGACUUCAUUUAUCUGAUAAGGCGUCAGCCCCAUCACUAAAUUCACGAUGACAGUCGACUUCCGGGAGCACUUCUGGGGGGACCGGAACACUGGAUUCGAGCUGCUUUAUCGCAACGCCAAACAAAGUCACGCAACGGCCAAAGAGCUCGUCGACUUCGUGCGUGAACGCAGUCAAAUCGAAGAGAGCUACUCGAAGCUAUUAGCCAAGCUCGCUUCGUCACGUCUGCUCGGCAGCGCGUCGUCGGUGGCGCCAUUAUGGGCGGCCUUGCGUAGCUCGACGGAAAAAGCGGCUUCGGUGCAUGCCCAGCUUGCGCACCAGUUAGCUGAUUCUGUCAAGGAGCUCGUACGCUACGCCGAUGAACAACAUCGACGACACAAGGCCAUUAAGGAUGAAGAGGCACAAACGAUGGAAGCGGUCCAAGCACUGCAACAGAAUACUCUGUUACUGUCAAAAGCCCGCGAAGCGUGCGAGUCACGCCGAAGUGGAGGCAGCGAAGGUAACGAGCUGAAGCGCAAGAAGGCCCUUGACGAUUUUCGGACGCAGGGCGAACGUUACGAGCAGGCGAGGCUGAUCUUUAUACAGAGGAUGGGCGAGGCCUGCACCCGCUUUCAGGUUCUUGAGGAAAACCACCUCAGUGCCAUCAAGAGCUUCAUCGAUAAUUAUAUUCACACAUUGGUGAACAGCUAUGCGCUGUGCGCGUCGAUGUGCAGCGAUCUGCAAAGUAAUGUCGACUCGUUAAGUAUCGAAGCGUUGCUCGAGCGCUUCUGCGCUGAUCGUGGCACAGGACGAGACCGACCCGAGCCGCACAAACCAUUACAAGACACAACCCCGCCUCUAUCGAGCCACUCGCUGCUCCGUACGCACCUCCAUUCGCAAAGUUCGGAGGACGUGUUCCGGGCGAGUGGCCUCACCAGCCAUAGUAGCAGUGCGAAUAGUAUACAACACCAGCAGCAGCAAGCAAUGGCGACAUCAGCCAGUGGCGGGACGGUGGCUGGUAUAGGCGGCAUUGCGGGAAAUGCUAUGGGCGGCGUGACAAUGGGAUCAACCGUUGCAAUGGGACAUCAUGGCCAGCACCCGCAUGGAGGCAUCACGCACCAGUCGUCGCAGUCAACACUGUACGAGUUCUUGGGUAGGAACUUGACCCUACGCGGACGGAAUAAAUCGACCAGCAAGAGCGACAACAACAGCCCCGAAGUAGGUAGCGGAGGUCAGGGAAGUCAGGGCAGCAGCAACAAUGCUACACACCAGCUACUGCAGCAGCAGCAGCAGCAGCAGCAGCAGUCGUCCUUCGGUUCCGCAGCCUUCGCCACCUCGGUGAGUCCAGCUCCAUUUGUCGAUGAAGAUGGCUUCAGUGUUCCGCCGCCGCCGGCAGCAUCAACAGCUCCGGCCUCGCAUCACCACAAGGCAACUUCAGGUGUUUCGAACGAGGAUAGUUCGAGUGAUGAUAGUAGCGAUGACGAAGCUGAGUUCCAGAAGAAGCUUGUGAUCAAGAUCAAACCCAUCUCGGAAGCUGUUGUAUCGAGCAACCUGCCGCUGGCGCAACCGGCGCGACUGGUGUCGCCGCCGGCGAAGAUGACUCCGCAAGUGCUGAGUCCUGAGUUCAACGGCAACAACGGAAAUCGCACGCCACCAGUCACCGACCAAUCGCAGCCGCUACAAGCGCUCAGUCAGCACCAUCCUCCCACGCUACCUCGAUCCAACGUCAUACCUCGGCCGCCAUCCCGCCGUUCCGUCGACCGGUCAUCACCAUCGCCGAUGACUCGUGCCGAGUCGGUCACCUCUAUUGGCUCCGUGUCAACCGGUGGCGGUACGGGAUUUUCACGAGGCCCGUCACCCCUGACGCUCGGCUACGGUGAUACAAUCCCUGUAGCUGUCGCGUUCCAGGAAGUCGUUCACGCGUCGUUCCGCGGCGCUGAGGAGUCUCUGUGCCAGGUGCGCAUCUUUGGCGACAUGAAGAUGUCCUUUCCGGUAGGCAUCCUCGGGGCGCUACUGUCGCACCCCAGUCCUCCUCAGCUUGUUUUCUCUCUAGGCAAUCUGCCGCCAGAUAAUCUUGUGCCGAAUUCGCUGCUGGUGAACGCCUUUGAAGAUCAGCCGGGCACCUUUCGCGUCGAGAUGGCCGAGCUGUUGGCGCAGUUGAAACGUCUAUACGACGCCCAGCCCGGCCAGACCUACUUCAACGUUGAUCUGAUGAAGUAUAGUUUGGCCGGAGGUACGGGGGCCUCGCUGGCUCCGCUUCACCUCGUCACCUACUGGAACUGCGACUCAGCCAAGUCCGACCUCAAGGUGGACUACUUGUACAACGCGACGGAUCGAUGGGCACAACGACCGUGCAACGGUCUCGUCACGGUCACAUUGCCCCCGACCGCCUCUGUGAGCAACGUACACUCGAAGCCACCCUGCAGUUGGAAUAGCGCCGCCAAGAAGGCCUCAUGGAAGGUGUCCAACAUUAAAGCCGGUUCAAUACUAGCACGUUUCCAGCACGAGGAGCCGCUGCUCUCCGAUCCCCCUGGGGAAGUCGCUGCAGCGUUUUCUAUCGAGGACGCCUGUUUUAGCGACGCGUCGUUUACACUAGCUCCGGCCUGCGGCUAUCGCCUGUCACUGAUCAAGAGACGAAUUAUUUCGGGACGAUAUACUGCCAUUAUGUGAAGAUGCUGAGCAAAGGCCAGUAAAGGACAGGCGGUGAGAGACGUACGAGAGAUGCGGAAGCAAACAACAGACGUCAAAGAUGAUACGCGUCAGCGAAUUUAUAACAGCUUUUUAGGAUUUUUAGGAUCGCGUCGCAAAACGAGUCCAGAACAACGAGAAAAGGGAGUGACGCGGUGGAAUAGUAAAUACGUAGUUGCUACCCCUGUUCCAGAAUCGUGACAUGGUGGCGUUCCUUUUGUGUUCUUACCAUGAAGCAUGCGCCUGGAGCGGACGCGCACCUAACGUGUCGACAGGGUCAAGUGCAUAACCAUUGCUUAGAGUUGAGAUCGUGCCUACUUGCGUGCGAGGCGGAUCCAUUUAUCAAUAACCGAAUUCUGUGACAACAAUAGAUGUUAUUGGCGUUAUAUAUAUUCGAUCCUAAGCUAUUCUAUUAUACAUAUGCAAAGAUCAAGUUUAGGCACACGCGAGCCGUGAAUGUGGCCUGUUGAUACAAUGAACGUCCGAAAACCUGAAUAGUGCCUAUACAGGUUUAGAAUAGUGCGUCUAGUAAGGUGUUGCGAAAACGUAUCACUUCAUAUCACAGAAUAGCGGAACGGCUAACCUGGGUACGGCGUCAGACGGAAUUGCGGUCAGCUUCAAAAAGACACAA